GGGGCAGCUUCCCUGGGCAGGAGGAGCUGGGGAGAGCUCAGUGCUUUCCCAGAACACCAUCCUCCAGCAGGACAGUGGAGUCACUGCUCAGGGACAAGGGGAGCGACCGUGGGAGUGUCACCAGCAGUGGCACCUGUGCUGGCUUUGCCUUUGUUCCCCAGAGGCAGCAACUGCGGAGUAAUUAAGGAAAGGUGAAGCUCCACGCGUUAAUUAAAAGUCAGGAGCUCCCUCUGAAGUGCAGAACUCGUGUCCCAUUUCAGCACAAGCACAUCUGAUGUGCUGGAGCCUUGGUGGGGUGCAGGGACACAGUGCCAGGUACUGGGGAGUGGGGAAGUGCCUCCAUCCCUGCUCCUGCCAGCAGCUUUCCCCUUGGGCAUUCCAUAAUUCCUCUGCCACUCAGCUGAAGGCCGUGUCCCUGUGAGGUUGGCAGGGUGAAUGCUGAGGUUUCCAUCUCCAGACAAUAAAAUGCUGUCACCGUGCUUGGAACAAGGGAUGGGUGGAGGGGACUGGGGACUUACUGUGAAUUGGUGGGAUUUUUAUUGUUUGAGGAACACUGUACCAUUGAGCAGGAUAAUAAAGUGUUUUGCUAAUCGAAACAGCCUUGAGGCCAUGAACCAACAGUCUGUUUGUGCUGUGAGAUGUUUGUGGAGUGUCUGCUGAUAGCUGGAGCUGGCUGGCACACAGUGCCCAUGUCCCUGGCUGGGCUCUCUGGGGUGCAGGGCAGGGAUGCUGGGCUGGAAUGGGUGGUGUGGCUCAGGGCUCUCACCUUGCAGGCUUUUCUGAGCCAGAGAUGAUUGAAGCUGGCACACACUGUCUUAAUCCUCGGGGCAGCAGGUUCUGCUGGUUUAUUUUUCUGCGUCCUUGGCAGUGAGAAUAAAUUCCCCUUUGCCCCCUGAGCCUGUUGGUUGCUAAGAUGCAGCUGGAGCAGCCUCUGUGUGGUUUGGGUGCUGAGGUGGCUGCUUGAACACUCAUCCCUGAACCUUUUGACUGUUAGUUUUUUCCCUGGGAUGGUGGCAGUGGUGCAAGUGUGAACCACAGGGCUGUCCGUGCUGUUUGGGGAUUUUCCAAGGGACACAGAACUCCAAAGUGCUCCAGACCCCAGGUGUUUUUGCUGGGAUUGGUUGUGUUUUCACUGGAAUUGGCCUCUGUUUCAGUGGAUGCCCUGGGUUCAUGACCUUCAGUGCAGCUUCAUUUUUAGUCACCAAACCCGUCCUGCUCUCAGCAGUGCCACUCUCGCCAUGCGGUGGCUGAAAGCAGCUUCUUUUUUGUUGUGGGGAUUUUUUUGAGUGCUGCAGCUUCAUUUUCAUAUUUUCCCUCCAAGGCUCAGGGCUGUGGCUCACCUGCAGCAGAGGUGUGUGCUGAGCCCCUGUCCCACCACUGGAUCCUGUUCCCACUGUCCUGUGGGAUCGAUCCCGCUCUGGGCAGUGCUGGGGUGGAGGAGCACGAGCUGGGUGUUGUGCAACAGGUCUCAGUGACCACAGCCACCCCCACAGUGCCUCUGUGGGCUCCUGGUGGAGACUGGGGCUGGCCCCAUGCUCCAUACCCCAUGCUCACUGCAUUCCAGUCCUGCUAAGAGAGAUAUUUGGGAAAUGUUUGGAGAUGUGCCGUACAAACUGCCAGCAGGAGUAUCCAGGAGGAGCAGAGCUGCCAUCAGCAGUGCUAGCAUUAAACUGAGCUCAGGUUGGGAUGAAACAGCAGCCCUCAGGCAAGCUGUGUUUAUUUUUGUAAAUGAACUGGAGACUAUCAAUUCAGUAAUUAAAUAUUGCUGAUUUGUAAAGAUGCGAGUUGGGUAUGUUGGGGCAUUUCUUGCUGACCACAGUUUCAGCUGCUGUUCCGCCACAAGGGCGCCUGCAGAUCCUCAUCAUUUUAUUAAGCACCAACAAAUUGAGCUCAAAUUUUCCAGGCCACACCUACGUCUUUUGAGGAGGCUGCACUUAAUGACAAUCAUUUCUGAGAAUAGUUAAAAGAAAAAUGCAGCUUUUGAUCAUAUGGGGCUUCUCGUGGAAACUGUUUUUGUGGUUGUUUGUCACACUUUAACAAAUGUUUCCUCUGAGGGUGCUGUGCUGGCACAGAGCCUGUUUUGGGAGUGGUUUUUACCCAUUUCCAGCACAGGUCCCAAGGUCAGGGGUUUUACUCAGGGGUUUUUGGUCGAGGUUUCGGAGCUGCUGUUGGAGCCCAGCUGGUGGUGACGCCCUGCACAGCACCAGGAAGGAAGUCACAACCAAGUGUGUGUCCGUGUGUCUGUGCACAGGCAGGAUCUGGAGCCGUUUCUGGAGCAGGGUGUUCUGGUGGCCACGGGUGCAGCAUGAAGCUCAACUAGCAGCACAAUGACCUUGCAGGGGAAAGAUGCCCGUGGGGUUGGACACUCACUAGCAGAGAGCUGAAGCCCCCAGCCUGUGCCCAGCAGAGCAGGAUGCGGGUCACCAUGCGCAGGGUGCUGCUGCUGGUGGGCUCGGUGGCGGCGCUGAUGGUGACCCUGCACCUGGGGCAGCAAGUCCUGGAGUGCCAGCAGGUCCUGAACGAGAGGAGGCACAGGCUGAUGAGACCCGAGAACGAGGAGCUGGUGAUGGUGGACGCCAACCACGUGGAGUACCGCUACAGCAAGGACAUGCCCCUGAUCUUCAUCGGCGGCGUCCCCCGCAGCGGCACCACGCUGAUGAGGGCCAUGCUGGACGCCCACCCCGAGGUGCGCUGCGGGGAGGAGACCCGCAUCAUCCCCCGCGUGCUGGCCAUGCGCCAGGCCUGGUCCAAGUCCGGCCGCGAGAAGAUGCGCCUGGACGAGGCGGGGGUGACGGACCAGGUGCUGGACGCGGCCAUGCAGGCUUUCAUCCUGGAGGUGAUCGCCAAGCACGGCGAGCCCGCCAGGUACCUGUGCAACAAGGACCCCUUCACGCUCAAAUCCUCCGUGUACCUGUCCCGGCUGUUCCCCAACUCCAAGUUCCUGCUGAUGGUGCGGGACGGGCGCGCCUCGGUGCACUCCAUGAUCACGCGCAAGGUGACGAUCGCCGGCUUCGACCUCAACAGCUACCGGGACUGCCUGACCAAGUGGAACAAGGCCAUCGAGGUGAUGUAUUCCCAGUGCCUGGAGAUCGGCCGCGCCCGCUGCCUGCCCGUCUACUACGAGCAGCUGGUGCUGCACCCCGAGCAGUCCAUGCACAACAUCAUGAGGUUCCUGGACAUCUCCUGGAGCGACACGGUGCUGCACCACGAGGAGCUCAUCGGGAAGCCCGGCGGGGUGUCCCUCUCCAAGAUAGAAAGGUCAACAGACCAGGUGAUCAAGCCGGUGAACAUGGAGGCGUUAUCCAAAUGGAUCGGGCACAUCCCGGGGGAUGUGCUGCAGGACAUGGCCCACAUCGCCCCCAUGCUGGCCAGGCUCGGCUACGACCCCUACGCCAACCCCCCCAACUACGGCCACCCCGACCCCCUGGUUGUCAACAACACGCACAGAGUUUUAAAGGGGGAUUAUAAAACUCCGGCCAAUCUCAAAGGUCACCUGCAGGUGACUCAGAACACGUCAUCUUCUCACUAAGAAAAUUAAUGAUUUCCAGAACGCUGCCAAUGGCCAAUGUUGCCCGAGAAGGAAGAGUGUGCAGUGGGCCCGUGGAAAUCGGUUCUCCAAGCAUAUUGCUUGCUCCUACUGUUGCCAAAUGACUGCGCUCCAGGAAUGUAUUUGCAUUUAUUUGCAAAGGCCAAACGUGCUCCACGGCGGGAACGUGCCCGGCCUCUCCCAGCGCUCCGUGGGGAACGCCGCUGUGGAAAUCUGGGGAGCUGUGGGAGAUUCCCUGAGCCGUGGCUGGAGGACUCUGUACAUCGCGUUUGUGUCUCGUGAUCUGUCCCCCGUUCCCUGUGGGGAACAGCCCUCCCAUCCCUGCUGUUCUGUAUUCCUGGGAUCGGGAAGAGCCACCCUGGUCCUGCUGUUCCCAAUUCCCAGGGUCAGGAACAGCCCCCUGGCCCUGCACAGCCUUUGUGGUGCGUGUGCCCUCCUCCCCACCCCCUUCCCCGACCCUGCAGAGGCUAUUGCAGAGUUAAUAUAUGACCCCUCCACCCUCGGUGUCGGACACCAUUAAAGUGUUGAUUUGA